AUGCGUCGCGGUAGAUUCAAACUUGAUACAAUCUUAAGCUUUAAAAGAUGGUACGGUUUUACAAUCAAAAGCAACAUGUUUUCCAAAAGGAGAAAGGCAGGCGGCUUAAUAAUGAAUUCUCAGCAAUCCGGCAUUGGCGGACUUUUGUGGAAGUAUUUCAAUGCACCGGGCAAUGUAAUGUUUGUCACUUUUAACAUUAUAACAUUUGCUGGGCUUGUGACUUUCAAUUCGUUAAUUUCCGCACAAAGAAGGCAAGUAUUUGAGCUCAGACUUAUUGAGGCACAAAACAAUAUGGUGAUUCAAUCAAUGGGUACUCUGAAGAACUCAACAAGUGAAGCGAUCCCAACGUUGAAAUCAAAUACUAAGGAUGAGCACGUCGUUAAACCUAAAAGUGAUUCGCCUAUACAUGAAUACACCUUUGAUGAGAUAGAACUAUCCUCGAAGCCUUCAAGACUUACAACGUAUGAUUCUCAAGUUGCCAAAAUGUCACUUUUCCACAUGAUGUACGCCUAUUUUUUGAUGAAGCAUGUUACUUCAAAUGGAACGACGAAUCCAAAAUCCAUACUAUGGGACGAAGAAAUCAAAAUCAUCCAAGAAAUGUUGUCUAAUGUUGAUGGUGCUGCAAAGCAAGCUGGUAGAGAUAAAUUGUUGAGAUUCUUCUACAGUUCCUGGCGGAAAGAGUUUGGUAGUUUAUUCGAUAACCUUCACAAAUCACAAAAAUUCCACUUUCCAGAUUGGAAAUACUAUCCAGAGAACAUGCGAUACGCUUGCUCUAACCUUUACAAGAAUGAUAUGCAUACUAUUGACGAUUUCGCGCAGUUUUACGAAUCUAUACACCCCAAAGAGCUGAAAAGGCUAUUAAGAUUUUGGUUCGCCGAUAAUCUAACAUUGAUCAGUCCUUCAGUGAACGGUAACAAAGAAGAUUUUUACCGCACGCUGAUCAAGGACUCUUACGGCGAUGACCCUCUAUUCCAAAAAUACUCUUCGAUACUUUGGAAUGCAGAUUCAAGGAAGAGGUUUUUUUUCCCGACAUAUGCUGACAAACAGCUAAGAACUGCAUCAAUUGACACAAUACUAACAGUGCUCCAGGGAUACAUUAUUCUGCACGAAAAGAAAGGAAUAAGGCAUAAUGCCGAGAUCAUCCGCCUGAUAUCAAUGAUAAAAAAAGAUUGUGUCAUUGCCAAAAACCAGACAGGAAAAGGUGUCAGAAUUUUUCUUCCAACUGACACACGAACCGAUCUCAUAGACGAUGAGUUCGAGCAUUACGACCGCAUGCUGCGAGACCGACAAAAAUGUUACGAGCUUGUAAGCAGAAAUCCAAAAGUAAUCAAAUUACUAGAUAAAAUAUCUAAAUGGAAUGAGACCACAACAACAUGA